UGUAUGGUAAAUGUUCUUGAAUACUCUUUCAUGUUACCAUAUUGCCAGCCUUAUUCAACAUAAUACCAUAACACAUCAAGCUCGAUCUGCAUCUAAAUUUCAACCAAAAUUAUUCAUCAUUUGUUCAUUUAUUUCUCCGUUCAUUUAGAAAAGCUUGAAAACCGAAAAAAAAUAUGCGUUUUUCAAUCUAAGAAAUCAAAACGUUUACUUUGAUUUUAAGCAACAAUUUUCGUAAUUGUUAAACUACGUCGUGCACGCAAAAUGAGAGGCUCAUCUCACAAUGGAUUUUAUCAGCCUAACAAUACGUACAACAAGCUCACUUCUGAAUUAAACAAGCUCAAAGUAAGGAACUUCAACCCGGGAGAACUUACCAUAUUCGGUAACAAUCAAAUCGGACAGGGAAGCAGGAGUUCCGUUUUCGAAGCGAAGAUAAAUCAAUCCGGUGAAAAAAUUGCCGCGAAAACUCUUGAUGUUUUCGGAAGGAAUCGGAGAACUGCAAAAAAACCUGAUGAUUUGCUGUAUUAUAUUGACAUCUUUAACUCAAUCAACCAUGCAAACAUUCUGAAGUUUAUCGGAGUUUCAUUUGAUUCAAACACGUUUUACGAGCUAACUGAAAUCUGCGACUUUGACCUUGAAAAGUUUUCACACAAUUAUUUUUUUCAAGGUCAACAAAGUUUCCCAGAUGCAACUUACAAGAAAAUUCUGACGGAUACUUGUGAAGGUAUGAGUUAUUUACACGGCGCUGGAGUUUUACACAGAGAUCUGAAAGCCGAUAAUAUCUUAUUGAAAAGGGCUGCUGAUGGAGUUUCUUGGAUUGCGAAAGUUGCCGAUUUCGGGCUCGCAAAAAGGGUCGGAUCCGACAAGAAAGUUCCUCGAGGUCCAGUCAAACUGAACCCACCCGAAGCUCUCCUUUGCAUUUGCUCGGGUUGCAGGGUCGAAAAUAACCAAGAUCCAAUAAGCUUGCAUUUAUCUAAUCUACAAAUUGGGACAUCAAGUUCUACAAGCGUUUCAAAUCAUAGGUCCCAAGGAUGUCAGCACAUUUACCCAUUUUACACUCAAUCAGAUGUUUACAUGUUUGGUGUUAUGGUGUACUGCAUAUCGCAUAAGAGAGAUUUCUUUGGCAGAGAACGGACAGGACAGAUAGCCGAAAAAGUGAAAUUUGGUCAACGGCCUGUUUUUGAUCAGCGACGGGUUUCGAAUCAACUGAUUAAAAUUAUUUCUGAUUGCUGGGAACAAGACUACACGAAAAGGCCCUCUUUUGAAAACAUUUCUCUUCUCAUAAACUCAUUUUGA